AAGAGAUCACGAGGGUCAGCAGCGCUUAGACAUUGACGGCUCAGCCGCUUUUAUUAUAAGCCCUUUGCUUCUGCUCGUUUCUCUUACUCUCCCAUCUCCCACAAGGUUCUCGGAGUAGUACACGGAAUACGGAGGAAAAAUGGCGUUUCCAUAUACUGAGCUUGACGUCGCCCGAAGGCAGAUUCGUCUGUUAAGUAUCAUUUCCGACACGAACACCGACGCUAAGGUUAGAUGUACCAUACAAUCCGUGUCUCUGCAAGAGCAGCAACCUAAAUACGACGCACUCUCUUACGUUUGGGGAGAUCCUAAUGCGACGGAAAGUGUCUUGGUAGAGGGACAUCAAUUUCCCGUCACACACAACCUCUUCGCGGCAUUACGCAUGCUACGUCAGCCUCACCAGCCACGUACCGUCUGGGUCGACUACAUCUGCAUCAAUCAGACAGACACGGAUGAGAAGAACACCCAAGUCGCCAUGAUGGGGGACAUAUAUCGCCGAGCCUGGAAGGUUAUCGCAUUCCUGGCCGAUGAGUCAUUAGAGUACAAGGGCCAGCCUGUUUCUUUGGAUUUGUUGCAAUUAGGAGUGACCUGGGCCAAGAGAUAUGUUGGUAAGAAAAUCGAUCGGCAGACAAUGUACUGGUGGAAGCUUGACAUUACAAGUCGCUUUUCUAAGCGAGCCCGUCGGAAAAUGGAGGUUUCUCUUGUACGUGCGAGCAGUGGCAUUCUGGACUUAGUGAAGCUGCCGUACUGGAACCGGAUGUGGACAUACCAGGAAUACCAACUGGCGACGGAAGAUCCGAUCUGCAUCUGCGGUAAUGUCGCUUUUGAAAUGUCGCUCAUUGAUCCCGCGAGAACCAGGCGACUGCAUGCCGUCGCGGACGAGAUAAGACAGAGGAACGUCCCAUCAACAGGGCUAGAUAAAAAGACUAGGGCGCAUUCCCAGCAGGUCCAGGAGACCACUACGAGUAUUAAUGGUAGUGAUGAUGAUAUCCGCGGUAUUUUAUCAUCACCUCAAGAUUACCAGCGACAGGAUCUCACACGGGUUCCGUUCUCCUGGAGCCUUGUUUUGACCAACCACCGGCAAUGUUCCGAUCCCCGCGAUAAAAUAUAUGGUUGCUAUAGUUUCUCCCCCCAGGUCCACAAGGUGUACCCGCCGGACUACAGGAAGCCAGUUGAGCAGGUCUUCCUGGAGAUAACCGAGUACCUUGUCAAUCACGAGCGCGUGGGUACCAUGUACCAUUACCUGUCUCUUCGGGAUAAUCAUCUGACGGGGAGCCUGCCGUCAUGGCUUCCUGACUACACGAAGUUAUCCUAUCGUAUGCUACACUCACAGGCAAUACCUUGGGAGAUUAACGAAGCCCUUUGGGACCCGGUCAAGGGCUGUCUGCCGCGCGUGUCACAGGAUCUAUCCACCUUGCAUCUAUGGGUGCGUAAGGCAGGAUACUCUACAGUCGUAUGCACAUUGGGGUAUGAUUCGAAGACGGUAGCUUCACAGAUAAUCAACAUUAUUUCCGACGAAGACCAUGUGCUGUGGGGAGAAUGCUGGGCACCCGGAUCUGUCUACAGCAGGUUCAUCAAGGCUUGCAUAUUUGACACCUACCGAUACGGAGACUUUAAGACGGAAGAAAUUAUAGCAGCUCUACACCAGGUCGCUCGUGGGUUUGAGCCUGAACAGGACACGAGACAGAGACUAUGCUGGGAUAUGUUAAGACAUCAUCUCCCAGUGAAUUACGGAAAGCCCGUGCUACAGGUAAAGGACUCUUGGGGCCAUGCCUUUGCUAUUGGUGACCCAGAAACAAGGGAUGGGGAUCUGGUGGUUGUGGCAACCUCAACAUUGCAACCGCUUGUGCUUCGAGGGGUGUCAGAAAAGUUUAAAUUGGUGGGUCAAACAUAUCUCGAUGGAGUGCUUAAAGCACACACGGAUAGUCCUCUUUACACUUGCUUAAUGGGGCAAUCACUUGAGGAGCUUCUUGUGAUAUGA